AUGAGUGUCAUUCUCUGUACCGCUGGUUACGACCAUACAAUUCGUUUCUGGGAAGCGCUCUCUGGCAUCUGUUCACGCACCAUUCCCCACCCAGACUCGCAGGUGAAUCGCCUGUGCAUCUCUCCAGACAAGCGCUUCCUCGCCGCUGCCGGCCACCAUACUGUCAAGCUUUACGAUAUCAAAUCAUCAAAUCCCAAUGCUGUCCUGACGUUCGAGGGCCACACGGCCAACAUCACGGGCGUUGCUUUCCAUUGCGAGGGCAAGUGGAUGGUCACAAGCUCCGAAGACGGCACCGUUAAGAUCUGGGACACGCGUAGCGGCAACGUCCAGCGUAACUACAGCCAUGGUGGCAUCCCCGUCAACGACGUUGUUAUUCACCCCAACCAGGGUGAGCUUAUCAGCUGCGAUCGCGGUGGUAACGUCAGGAUCUGGGAUCUCGGCGAGAAUAAGUGCUCGCACCAGCUCAUUCCAGAGGAUGACGUUGCCGUGGCAAGUGUCACUGUCGCCAGCGACGGCUCGAUGCUCUGUGCCGGGAACAAUUCCGGUGAUAAGGGCAACGUCUACGUCUGGCGCAUGAUUCAGGACCGCGACGUCACGUCCCUCGUCCCCGUUUGCCGCUUCGUCGCGCAUAACACGUACAUUACGCGCGUACUACUCUCGCCCGACGUGCGGCACCUGGCGACGUGCUCGGCCGACCACACGGCGCGCAUCUGGUCUGUCGACACGACGCAACCGCACAACGUGAAUGGCAGCGAGCAGCUUCCCGCAGACCGCGAGCCCGGUGCCUUUCCGCUCGAGACGACGCUCCACGGCCACCAGCGCUGGGUCUGGGACUGCGCCUUCAGCGCCGACUCGGCUUACCUCGUCACCGCGUGCUCCGACCACUACGCCCGUCUCUGGGAGCUGAGCUCCCAAUCCAUCAUUCGCCAGUACAAUGGACAUCACCGUGGCGCUGUGUGUGUCGCGCUCAAUGAUACGGCGCUGAACUGA